AUGAUGGGAGAUAAACCUUUGAAGGUUGGAAAGGCAAGGGUGGCUUCGACGAAAGCCAAGCCUCCGGUUGUUAAGGCCCCAGCCGUGGCCAAAGUAGCUCGGCCCACCAAGGUUAAGAAGAAAGAGGAAAAUGACCAAAACAUGGUCCAAUAA